UCCCUCUGGCACUCUAAAGAAAUUCUGCUUCUCUCCCAAACCACUCCCUCUAACAAGUACGAGCAAGCAACAAUGAUAAAGCACAUCAGAACAGGGAGGUUCCUCCCCUUCACCAGCUCAGCUGCUCUGCACGAGAUUAUUACUCAAACCUGACUCUAAGGGACAUUAUACACGACAGCUAUGCACUUUAUUCUUCUGACUGAGGAUGUGUAAAGUGAAAGCUUACAUUGGACCUCCAGCAGAAAGACUAUCCUGCAACGUAGUACUGAGACUGGUGACUUUGUGAGUCUUGGCUGUGGAGGUCUGCUGUGAUAAGUUCUUGUUAGGCCUACAGAAGUCAUGGACCUGACACUGUGGCAGUAUCAGUUCCGCAUCAUCAUGCUGGGUGACUCUACGGUGGGCAAGUCAUCCAUGCUGAAGCGCUACACAGAGGACAAGUUCUUGGAGUGUAUUAACGAGACGGUCGGAGUGGACUUCUAUGUGCAUUUCCUGGAGGUGGAGCCUGGUAUGAUGGUCAAACUCCAGUUCUGGGACACCGCUGGACAGGAGAGGUUCAGGUCAGUGACACGCUCCUACUACCGGAACUCCGUUGGAGGCCUGUUGGUGUUCGAUGUGGGGAACCGUGCCUCGUUUGAGCAUGUGAGGGACUGGUACGCAGAAGUGUGCGAGCAUGUCAUGCCUCAUGCCAUGAUCUUCGUGCUGGUGGGCCAUAAGAGCGACCGUGAGUUGGCUGGAGAGCGCGCUGUCUCCAAAGAUGAGGCAGAGAAGCUGGCUGCUCAACUCGGAACAACAUAUGUGGAAGCCUCGGCCAAAACAGGCCAGAAUAUCCAAAUGUGCUUUGAGGUAGUGGCACGGCGAAUCUACCAGGGGCUGCAGAGUGGAGAGGUGAGGCUGAGAGAAGGCUGGGAUGGAAUAAAGAGCUCGGUUCUACAAGCACAACAAUUGCAGAGUAUCCAAGACAGUGAGCAAACAAAGGAGAAAAAACGCUGCUGUUAGCCCUUUAUAGAGUGUCUAUUAAUUACACUAUAGAGGGACCAUUGAAUCAAUGUCCAAUGUCCAAAGAUUCCUCUAAGAGGCUACUAUCAAUAUGGCGACUUGAUGCUGAUACUAAGUAGACCAUCAAGCCUUAUUCCCAAAAGACCUGAUUUCACCAGUUGAAUUUCCUUUCUGAAGGAUAAGAUCUUACAGAGCCUAUGAAAACGGCUGUUUUGGCAUAUUUCUAGCAGGAACAGAAACAUCCUUAAAAUGACAAUAGCAAUAUGGAGCAAAAUUUUCCCUUCAAAAAUAAAUCAGACAGAAUUUCUUUUUUCUAUUCUAUUUUCUAUAAUUUUUACAGGUGUAUGUGCCUUUUCUAAGCUUGAUUUGACUAUAAAAAGUUUACAAAUACACUUCCCAUAAUCAGCAGCUUUGGAAUGCAGUUCUCAUCUGAUACUAGAUAGUGAAACACACCUGAGAUCUUGGAAUUAUACAACUGAGAUAAUGUUAUGAAUAUGUCACUAAGAGGCAUUACAUUAAAAUAUUUAAGUCUAAAAAUAGAUAGUUGUAAACUAUAUAUUAUUAUAUAUAUGAUAUAGUUGUAUAUUAUAUACUACACCGAUCAGCCAUAACAUUAAAACCACUGACAGGUGAAGUGAAUAACAUUGAUUAUCUCGUUACAGUGGCAUCUGUCAGGGGGUGGGAUCUAUUAGGCAGCAAGUGAACAGUCAGGUCUCAAAGUUGAUGUGUUGGAAGCAGGAAAAAUGGGCAAGUGUAAGGAGCUGAGCGACUUUAACAAGGGCAUUUGUGAUGGCUAGACGACUGGCUCAGAGCAUCUCUUAAGUGGCAGGUGUUGUGGAUGUGUUCCCGGUAUGCAGUGUUUAGUACCUACCAAAAGUGAUCCAAGGAAGGACAACUGGUGAACCAGCGACAGGGUCAUGGGCUCCCAAGACUCACUGUUACAAAUGAGGAGCGAAGGCUCGUCUGGUCCGAUUCCACAGAAGAGCUACUGUAGCACAAAUUGCUCAAAAAGUUAAAGCUGGCUCUGAAAGAAAGGAGUCAGAACACACAGUGCAGUGCAGCUUGCUACAAUACUCCUACAAUGGGCUCAUGAGCAUCAGAACUGGACCAUGGAGCAAUGGAAGAAGGUGGCCUGGUCUGAUGAAUCACGUUUUCUUUUACAUCAUGUGGACGGCCGGGUGCGUGUGUGUGUCACUUACCUGGGGAAGAGAUGGCAUUAGGAUGCACUAUGGGAAGAAGGAAAGCUGGCGGAGGCAGUGUGAUGGUCUGGGCAAUGUUCUGCUGGGAAAUCUUGGGUCCUGACAUUCAUGUGGAUGCUACUUUGACACGUACCACCUACCUAAACAUUCCUGCAGACCAAGUUACACUCCUUCAUGGCAAUGGUAUUUCCUAAUGGCAGUGGCCUCUUUCAGCAGGAUGAUGCUCCCUGACACACUGCAAACAUUGUUCAGGAACAGUUUGAGGAACAUGACAAAGAGUUCAAGGUGUUGACUUGGCCUCCAAAUUCCCCAGAUCUCAAUCCAGUCGAGCAUCUGUGGGACGUGCUGGACAAACAAGUCUGAUCCAUGGAGGCUCCACCUCACAACUUACAGGACUUAAAGGAUCUGCUGCUAACAUCUUGGUGCCAGAUACCACACACACCUUCAGAGGUCUUGUGGAGUCCAUGCCUCGAUGGGUCAGAGCUGUUUUGGUGGCACAAGGAGACCUUCACAAUAUUAGGCAGGUGGUUUUAAUGUUAUGGCUGAUCUGUGUAUAUAUUAUAUAGUUGUAUUUGUAUCUGCUUUGGCUUUUUGAAGAUCAAAACAUGGCUAAAUAUCUUAAAAUCACAUAAUUGUCAUAUAGAACCCUAUAAUUCCCAGAUCUCGUUCUGGUAAAUAGUUAUUUAACUGGGGUGUUGUACAGACUCUGUUUCAGGGUACACAUCUGUUGCACUUGUCUCUCUGCUGCUUUACAGCCAUAUUCGCCUGGUCCUUUUCAUUUUUUGGUAAGAAAGACACUUUGGGAUACGUACUGUAUAUCUUACAAUAAAAAUUCCAAAAGACAAA